AGGUAUGGAAAAGAUACGUGAAAUGUCUUCUCAUUGGGAUACUCAUAACAGCAGUAGUGUUUCUUUCAUAUUUCAUCUGGAGUGCAGUUUCACUAAAUAAAAGGUGACAAUCUAGGGAUGAAUGAAUUGGCAUCGUAAGUGAUGGCAACAAAGAAAAAGUUUUCUUUGUUGCCAUCACUUACGAUGCCAACAAUCGAAAAAAUCGCUUUGUAUAACCAAGCAACAAUUACACUUAUUUGUUACAGUAGUUUUGUAUAUGUCAAUGUAUAAUAAACAUGGGUCCAUGUGCAUUCAACGUUAUUAAUAAUGUACUUGUACUUUUGAUUAGGAAGAAGACGAUGGAUAAGGGGAAAAGCGAUCUCCAUAUGCAUUUUGGUGAGUUGACACGGGAAGAAACGGAAGCGUUUGAAAAUUUUAGAGAUUUGUUUUACUCUCCUGCACAUGUACAUCGGUUGUUCGUUAGACUCGCGAUUUCUUUUCGUGAUUCACUUUACUACAAAUAGCAUGAAUUCCGCCCUCCUUCGCGCAUUAAGGCCGAUUUCCAUUGCAGCCGCUUUGGCCGCGCGGGCGGAGUGGGCUUUGAAAAUCUGCUCACGCGGGCAUGACGAUCGUCAAAAACAAUGAACGCCUCGCCCGCGCUGGCAAGGCGGACGUUAAUGGAAAACGGCCGUUAGGCGCGAAGCCUCUGCACGAUUUGCGUCACAAAGUGAGACAAAGUGUAACAUCGAAACAAAAGGUGAUUUUUAAGCUAAAUAACAUACGCCUUUUUAAAAAUAAAAUCAUAAUUUAAUGCAUGAUUGAUUGAUUGACAUCAUUGACUAGUGCUUGCAUCUUUGUGGAUAGUCAAAAGUAAUAAGAUUUUUUAACAUUACACAAAGCAAAACAAUCAUAUAUUUUACUCACCGCUUGACUAAACAUUCUGUAUUUUAUAUCGAGAAAAACUUGAAUAUCUCUUGAACUCUUCGGAAUUCGCCACAAGUCAAAGAAGUAAAAUACUCCUUGUAUACAAGCGCUUUCGUGUAGAAAAUUUCGUUUGAAUACGGCCAGUAGAAAUAUUUAUUUUUAAUUUUUCAAAAUAUCGGGAGUAGUGUUACCCCCCACUCUGGGUACGGAAGUAAUUAGUAUGCAGAGCUUGUCGCCUCAUUAUGUAUUCAUUAUGUCUUACUCUUUCACGAUCUUCAUCCCAAAUUAUAUAUUCAUACAUAAAAAGCAUGAAUUAUGGCUACGUCACAUUAUGUAUUCAUUCCGAAUGCCGUCCGAAGGUGACGUCAUCCCGACCCGUCGCCGACUUUCCCCCAAGCAUGACCGAAGAUUAUUUUUUUAAUAUUCAUUGCCUCGAGUGUUAGACUUAAGAUCUAUUGUGCGGCCAAAAGUGCAGGGAUUUUCUCGUUCAACACAUUUGUAAUAAAUUUAAUAAUAACACAUUUUGUUGGCUUUUGCUAAUGUUUCUAUACAGUCGUCGUCUCUACAUUUAUGUGCUAUAUUAGAUACACGACAAUGAAUAUGACAAUAUGUUCGCAUGUAGGAAAGACAAUAUACAAACUCAACAACACACACACACAAUUAUAAAAGUUUGCCAGUUCAGUACAUUUAUCAUGUUCACAUGUUAUGUUCCACAUUUUUACUAUUUCUUGAACAUCAAACAGUUGUCGAUCCAGUUCAAACAAACAUCUGUCACACCUGGCGUCCUCAAAGUCUAUAGUACUUUCUCUUCUCGUAUAAUGAAGUGGUAGUUCUGUAGUUAUCGGGUCAAAUUCUUCACAUCGUUCACAUUUUCUGGCAUGGUAUUCCAUCGCUUUACCUUUUUUUGACACAUCAAAAAUUAUAUCUAGGUUAUCCAAACACUGUCGAUAAAAGACUGUGCUGGGAUCAAAUGUUUGGAAAAUUUUGUAGCGAAGCUAACAUGGGACGCUAAUUAAAAAGCGAUUACUUUUGUGAUAAAAAUGCUGACCUCAGCUUAAUGACUUUCUUGCUCAGGCUCGCCUUGCAUAUCAUUAUUAGUUCAGUAACGUUGGUAGGAGUGUGGGCCUAUACAGUUUUUAGCGAAAAAAGUCAUUAAAUGCAACAAUGCCGCAAUUAUUCAUUGCCUUUCAUAUAAAUACGAUGAUCACUAAACCUUGAACAAGUCUACAGAGAGAUCAAUGUUACAAACUUUGGUCGUGAUUAUUGCCUAUUUAAAUUAACUUUCGUAUGUUUACAAAAUGGUAGCGAGCCAGCGAGGAAUCUAUUUGUCACAACGAGCAAUGUUAAUAAAUAUAUCAAGCGAAGUAAGCACAUGCACGCAUUUCUAUGCGUUGUUAUGUUCGCUAUUUACAUACACCUGGCCUAAGGUCAUUAAACGAUCAUUAGCGAUAAGAUGCGCACAAUGUACAUCAUAAUAGGGAUAUUGAAGGAUAAUACCGGGCUAUUAUAAGCGUGGACACAGAGCGCGGACAUAAAAUAGGCAAAAGCACAUGAUUCCAUUUUUAGAACACAUUUAUUUAUUUCUUCAGAGGCGCCGGAAUAUCGAUAAUUGCGGGGGCAGAUAUUCAUAUAUUCAUGUUCACAGACUGUAAAAACAAUUGAUUUCAAAAGAAAUUAAUUGGGCAGAACACGAAUAUAUGAAUAUCUGCCCCCCCCCCCCAAUUAUCGAUAUUCCGGCGCCUCUGUAUUUCUUUAUGUACUACAAAGUUAAUAAUUCUUGUCUGUAUAAAUAUAUUAUCCACUUAAGAGUUUUGCCCCGUUUUUGUUUCUAACUUUAACCGCUCCUUUGAGCCAUCAUUCAUUUCUCUAUUGUCCACGUUCUUUGCAGAUUUUGUAUUUGAUUUUGUUCUCCAGUUCCUGGAGGAUUUUGGUUGACGGAUGGGUAUAUUCUUUAUCCCGCUUUUAUUCCACUUUGACUGCUUUUUACUGUUCCCAAUUAAUCUGUACAACUCUACUAAAACAUUUUCUAAGUCUAAAGCUGUUGGCUUAGCACGAAUAAGAUAAGGUUGUCUUUCUUGGGACGAAAGUUCAUUGACGUCUGCCAAAUGGUUUGCCAAUCUUUUUAAAGCUCGCUUGCCGCAGAUGGGACAAACUUUACACUUCCGAGGCAUAAUGUCAAAUGAUAAAUGUCAACUGAUUUCCUAACAUUAAAUAGUUGUGGCCCUAAAGGCCGAAGGUUUGCCGGGACUUGGGAGAGGGUUAGAGAAAUGGGUUAGGGGAAAAUAGCUACCACACAGGUCGUAUUUUAUUUUAUUUUAUUUUAUAAAUCAAACACAACCGACCAUUAAGAGUCAAUGUCACUAGGGGACCAUGUGUUUCCGAAAAGUAUUUUCAAAAGAAAUUUUCUCUUGUCAAUAGCGGCCUCUAACGCUUCCCUGCAUGUGGUCGAUAUUAUCAUCGUUGACAAAGACAUCCCUGGUUUCCAUAAUCGUUUUGUCUACUGGAUCCCUCUUUAGUUGUCUUAUCCAUAGUAGACGUUCCAGAUAAAUAUUCUGCAAAUAUUUACGACGUUUUGGUAGGGUAAGUAAGUAUGCCUUGUCUUUAGCUUCGUUUUCGUCAAAACCUUCUGCAGUGAAAUUCUGCGUUAGUACUUCGAAUUUCGAUAAACUUUGUUGGGCUGUUUCAGCUUUUAAAGGAGUCCAUGGAUCGCUUUCGUAUUCAUCACCUACUUCACUACUAGUAUCAUCUACAUUAUCAGAAUCACUUUCUGACGCAGAAUCAGUUUCCACUUCGUUGUCAGUGUUAUACGAAUUCUCAACAUCGCUCUCUGAUAUAGCACUAUCAGAGUCUGCAGCCGUUCUCAUUCUUUUCAUCUUUACACUGAAAUCUGUAGUAGGUUUCCAACAGUACUGUAUUUCCUUUGUAUAUUGUUAGGUUGAAACAACUCCAACCACAACCAACCGGCGAAUGAUCAAUUUUUUGAACAACAUUACAUUUUACGAAGUGGCCUUAAGGGACUUUUCUAUGGCCUUUGUGUAGCUCUGUAGAUGGAGACCUUGUCUAAAAAAAAUAACAGAUGUUUUCUCGCAAACUGGACAUAACACUUUUUUAUUUCGUAGAGCUAGUAAAUAAUCUCUUUGUGAGCUUGUUGCAGUUAGUAUUAUAAAGAGAUAUUUUCUCAGCCAUUUUGAUUUGAAUUUUUCGUUUGAUAAUUAUACGCCCCUCCCCCUGGUUUACCGCCAUAUUGGGUGUGGCAUCGUGUAGAGGCUUCGCGCCUCUGUAAUCAUAGCCAACUAAAGCCUCUGCGGAGGAGAAGUGGCGUGAUCUAAAUGAAACCAACAGACUUCUCUUCAAACAGUACUGGUCGGAGUACUGAUUUCGUACGAGGUUUUCUGCUAAACAUUUAUUUAUCACUUAUUUAGCAUACUAAAUAAUUUCGCAACAUUUUAUAGGAACGAAAACUAUACGACAGUGUCAAAAGUCUAGCCAAGACCCAAAUCUCAGAAAUACCUUUCCAGACUUGGAUUACGCCUUCCUUGGUUAUAAUAUCAUCAAAGGCUAUCCCAAUUCUAAUGGUCAUGAUCCUGGUUUCACUCAUCAAAUCUUCUCUGCUGAUUACAGUGACAAUCGACAGACGGGUGAUUGUCGCUACAGUGUUCCAAAAGGUUUGCUAGUUAUCCCGGAUGUAUCGUGUGUUACAUCGUUUACUUCAACGGUCAUACAAAAUACGUUUGAGUUACACAAGUCUCUUUCUGUGUCAGUCUCGGCUAGUGGCGGAUUUGGCGCUUUUAGUUUCUCUGCUAGUUCGAGUUACAAGCAAACUUCAUCUGAAGUUUCAUCGGGUGAAAAAGUGUACAUUACAUCUUCGGCAAAAUGUUCUUACUAUUUCAGUAAAAUUGAUUUAACCCAACCUCCACCAUUACAUCCGGGUUUUUACCGCUGGGCAAAAACACUAGAAAGAAACCAUUCAAAAGCUAACUUACUAAAAUUUGUAAAGUAUUAUGGGACACAUUUCCCAACAAGUGUGGUGUUUGGAGCGAGGUUUAUGAAACAACACAGUAUGAGUUCGCAAUCUUACAAAACAGCAUCCUCGAGAGAUAUCAGUGUUUCAGCGCAAGCGAGCUACUCCGGCUUGGUCAGCGUCAGUGGAGGAUUUAGUUUGGACAAAAGUGAAAGACAGGCAGCUUCACAAUUUUCCAAAGAAGUUGAAACAACGACAAUAACUGUUGGGGCAGCUCCGCCAAGCAAUGGAGAAGCCGCAUACUGGGCAUCGACAGUCAAAGAAAACCCCGUUCCAACAUCUUAUAAAAUUGAACCAAUCUUCAAUUUAUUUACUAAUGUGUUUAUGGAAGGCACAGGUAUAAAUUAUAAUUUAUUAAGAAAGAAAUUAGUUGGGAUUGAGAAGUUGUAUUGUCAACAACUAUUACAUGCCGGAACUGUUAAUUCUUGUGAGGAAUCAGUGUCCGUUGGUAUCACAAUUAACAACUUUUACCUUCUGAAUUCUAUCUCGACGUUUGCGGCCGCUACGGAGACAUCUUGUAUUUCCAGAUGUUUUGAAAAUCGUCAUUGUUUAUCUAUAGCUUAUAUAUCAAACUCCAACAAGUGCCAUUUCUACGGUGACGCAAACAAAAAGCAUGAAAUCUCGAAAGAAGCGAAUGCCAAGGCAAAGAUUAUAAUAUUUCCUACAAAGAUUAACGAUCAGAAAACAGAUUUUGUUGUGGAACAUCUUCGUGUUUCAACCAAAGCCCGCCCAACAAGUAACAAAACGGUUGAUGCGCAAUCAUGCAAGAAAGCUUGUCUACAAGAUACUUCUUGCGAUGUUUUUAAUUUCUGCAGCGACCAGACGUCCUGCAAGGGCGAAGUGAACAAUUGUAAAUUGUAUUCAUCGAAAGCAUCGGUAAAAUUUGAAAAGGCUGAACAGAAAUUUAAAAUGCUCACUUAUUUUAUUUCCCGACUUUAAAUUGCAUUAAUGGAACAUAAUUGGAACAUAAUUGAUCUGAACGUAUUAAAUGAAAUUGUUAUACAGUUAGUGUCAAAGUUCAAUUUUUCUGUUUGCCGAUUGGUCAAAACCGUAUCACGUGCUGGUCCACAAAACGUCGUGUUUGGCAACCGGUCCGCAAUGAAACAUUUAUUGACCGGUCAAUAAUGAAAUGGGUGCAAUACGCAUGCGUGUCAACCAUGAAGUUCCAAAGUUAAUUUUUUUAAACUUUUUACUAAACAUUUACGGCGUCCCAUUUGCCCAAGUUUUGGUUUCAAAUUAAGUUCGCUCCAAUAACCGGUGAAUUAUUCAUACUUUGAGUCUUUGACACUUAUAUACUAUAUAACAAAACACUUAUUUACUGAGACCUCGGGAAAGCAGUGUGUUUUGUGGCCCCUCGACCGCUGUUGUUGCCUCGGGCAACAACGGCGGUCUCGGGUCCACAAAACACACUGUUUCCCUCGGUCUCAGUAAAUAAGUGAUAACUAAUUAAUUGAUGUGUUAUCUUAGAACAAUUUACUAAAUAAUUCAAACUGUAUAAUUUAGAAUCAGUAUCACAUAUGCUGGGGCACUUGGUCAAAAAAACUUUAUAAACGUCGGUCCCCCUCGUCCCCUAUAUUCAAUGUUGUAUAUCAUUCUUCACGAAAUUUGAUGCAUUGCGGUUCGUGAAUUUGGAAAACAACAUCGGUAAAGGGGAGAGAAUAAUGUGCCGAAACAACUGAACUGUUCGAUGGAUUUACAAUCUAAAACUGCUACGUAUACUGGCCAGACUUUUCAGUAUUUGCUACCGCGGAACUGUACAAAAUUCCGCUUCCCCGGUUUAGUACAAAAUCCUUGGCAAAAGUGCAUGCAAAGUAUGAAUAAUAAUAAUAUUUAGUAUGAAUAUUGACGUUUUCGAUACUUUGCGACAAGGUUAGGUAUAAUAAUUCGAUUCCUAAAAAUGUACUCAAAUUUUACCAAACAAAUUUCAUAAUGUUUUCCGAAAUUGACGAGAUUUUGCCAAAAUUAAAAUAUUUCGCCAAAUUUGGUGAAAGUCACACCGGC